UUUCAAAUACAUUCAUUCUCCGGUCCUCACGGCGCAAACCCUCAGCUGGCUGUUUUUAGCUCGCUAGCGGCAUCUGGAAUCUUUUCACUGUGUUAGCUAUCUAUGCAUUUUUAAAAUGCUGUUGUCGCUAUCAGGUCGAUGGCUAACUGGCUAGCAUAACAGCUAGCUAACGUUCAGCACUGGUUCGUCACCGACCGGCGAAAAAGGAACCGAAUAAGACUAUGGAUUAACAGUAUAACGGUACUUGAGUGCCCUGCUCAGACUAAACAAUACGAGCCAGAUAUAUCGAAAGAAGCAGAUAAUUGUUAAAGAUAUUCCGUUAAWUCAUUGGUCGUUGGCACCACAGUCGUUCCCACCAUGGUGCAGAAGUAUCAGUCACCCAUCAGGGUGUACAAGCAUCCCUUUGAGCUGGUGAUGGAGGCCUACGAGAGGCGAUUCCCCACGUGUCACCUGAUUCCCAUGUUUGUGGACAGCGAGGUGUUGGAGGAAACUGAGAGCGAGGACGGAUCCAUACACCAGGUCCAGCGCCGCUGCAAACUGGACGUGGACGCCCCUCGUCUCCUCAAACGGGCCCACCCUGAGAAUGAGGACUGGACGUGUUUCGAGCAGUCGGCCAGCCUGGACAUCAAGUCGUUCUUCGGCUUCGAGAGCACGGUGGAGAAGAUAGCCAUGAAGCAGUACGCCAGCAGUAUCAAGAAGGGUAAGGAGAUCAUAGAGUUCUACCUAAACCAGCUAGAGGAAGAGGGGAUAAGCCACGUGCCCCGCUGGACUCCCUCCCUAGAUGCUCCCUCCUCCUCCUCCUCCGUCACCACCAAACCUGUCUGUGCCACCCCGAAGCUCCUCCAGCUGGAGCUGCCUGUCACGCCCGCCGUCUCAAUCCCCGUGUCCACGGAUGCCAAUGACCGUGAGAUUGCCAAUGCCAGCAAUAAUGAUGCCACCCAAAGUGAUGCCACCAGCAACGARGCCACUAACCAACCUGACGACCACACGGAGAAUCAGACGGGCACGCCUGAGGACAAGUUGGAUGCAGACUACAUCAAGCGCUACUUGGGAGACCUGACGCCUCUGCAGGAGAGCUGUCUGAUCAGACUACGACAGUGGCUGCAGGAGAGCCACAAGGGCAAAAUCCCUAAGGACGAGCACAUCCUUCGUUUCCUGCGGGCCAGGGACUUUAACAUGGAGAAGGCCAGGGAGAUCCUGUGUCAGUCCUUAACAUGGAGGAAACAGCACCAGGUGGACUAUCUGUUAGAGACGUGGACCUCACCACAGGUCCUCAAUGACUACUACACUGGAGGGUGGCACCACCAUGAUAAAGAGGGUCGUCCUCUCUAUAUCCUGCGUCUGGGACAGAUGGACACCAAGGGGCUGGUCCGGGCCCUGGGGGAGGAGUCUCUACUCAGACACGUUCUAUCCAUAAACGAGGAGGGCCUCAGGCGCUGUGAGGAGAACACCAAAGUCUUUGGCCGACCAAUCAGUUGUUGGACGUGUCUGGUGGACCUCGAAGGGUUAAACAUGCGCCACCUGUGGCGACCGGGAGUUAAGGCCCUUCUGAGAAUCAUUGAGGUGGUGGAGGCCAACUACCCAGAGACCCUGGGACGCCUGCUCAUACUGAGGGCUCCUAGAGUCUUCCCUGUGCUCUGGACCCUGGUGAGCCCGUUCAUCGACGAGAACACCCGUAAGAAGUUCCUGAUCUACGCUGGUAAUGACUACCAGGGCCCCGGCGGCCUGCUGGACUACAUAGAUAAGGAGGUCAUCCCUGACUUCCUGGGAGGAGAGUGUAUGUGUGAAGUCCCAGAGGGAGGCCUGGUUCCCAAGUCUCUGUACCGUACCGCAGAGGAGCUGGAGAACGAAGACAUCAGCCUGUGGACAGAGACUAUCUACCAGAGUGCCAGCGUCUUCAAAGGAGCGCCCCACGAGGUGGUGCUCGAGAUCAUCGACGCCGCCUCCGUGAUCACCUGGGACUUUGACGUGUGUAAGGGCGACGUGGUCUUCCACCUCUACCACUCUAAGCGUGCCCCCCAACCCCCCCGCAAGGACCCCCUAGUGGGGCAACACAGCAGCGUCACCACCCCCGGGGGGAACAACGUCCAGCUCAUAGACAAGUCCUGGACCUUAGGCCUGGACUACAGCAUGGUGGAGUCACCACUCACCUGCAAGGAGGGGGAGAGCGUGCAGGGUUCCCACGUGACCAGGUGGCCCGGGUUCUACAUCCUGCAGUGGAGGUUCCACACCAUGCCGGGCAGCGCCUCCACCAACCUGCCCCGCGUGGACGACGUCCUCGCCUCCCUGCAGGUCUCCUCACACAAGUGCAAAGUCAUGUACUACACAGAGAUCAUUGGCUCCGAGGACUUCAGGGGCUCUAUGACCAGUUUGGAGUCGAGCCACAGUGGUUUCUCCCAGCUCAGCCACGCCAKCUCUAACCACUCCCAGUCCAGCUCCAUGAUCUCCAGGUAGAGGACUACAACUCUUGCCAAGGACUACAAUUUGUCCUCUUCUGAACUACAAGUCCCAGCUCCUCCAGCCUUCACAGUCCACACUUUCCGCCCUAACCACCUCAAACCUGUACUACUAUUAGUCAGUCACAAUGUGGAUCUGAAGCAUGCUUGCACAACAGAGGAUAAAGAAAAUGUCGGCAGUUGAGAAACUGAAAACAAAGACUUGUGAUUUUAAAGGGCUCCAUUUUUCUUGCAGCAGGCCGUGUAUAUAUCUUCCCAGCUUUCUCCUGGGCUGCUGAACAGAACGUUGGCAGAACGUUUUCUGCUUGCUGAGACMUUGGUAGGUGUGGGAAGUGUCYCACCCAUGGAGCGCAAUGCCGGAUCAAGCAAUUGUCACACUCAUUUAAGGAGCUGUGAGACUGGAUUAAAAACGGGAUGCGUCGAUACAUAUAUGCAGUAGAACACUUUACGCGCAUGCACACUUCCAAGGUGUUGGUGAUACUGGAUGCGUUGUUACAAUAGAACAUGGACACUUUCUAGGUUGAAGAAACGGGAAGCGCUGUUCCCUGCAGACAAACAUGCUCAAACAUAGGAAGACACAUACUGUACAUACUGUAUCGACACAAACCAUAAACACACCUGCAAUGACAUGCAGAAAAAUACAGUAUUUGCCAUAUCACCAGUGGGGUUUGUCUCUACCUGGUGAAUUGUUUAUAGGUCAGGAUUGGGGUAAAGCCGUAGCGAGGUAUCGUUUAGAAGCAAUAAGCAGAGUURGAAUUUUUACUAUUGACAUAAAUAGAAAUGUAAUUAUCAUAAAAAUGUGUGUAUGGAGGUUUGUCCUCAUGGGUGCUAUGUGCAAUGUAUAGGUGACCUUCCAGUUCCUGGGUGACUAGAUGGACGGACAGACAGGCACAUUUUAAUUUAGCUAAACUUUAAUUUGGAGAAAUAGCCAAAAGAAAUUGCCAGAGGUUAUUUUGGAAAUUGGAAUUCACAAAUGGAAUUUGAAUUAACACAUUUUGAAUGUGUUCGCAAAUUAAUCUACACGUCUCUUUUUGGCACGAGACACUUAACCAGUGAUUCCUUUUAAAUUCUUGAAUUUCAAUUACUCGGACUUGAAUUUGAAUGGAUUCCGCCCCAAAAUGAGUGUUUCCCGUCUCUCCCUGACUGKAGGAAUGAACCUGACCCGUAGCUAGGUGUGGUGUGCUUUUGCUAGCCAAUGGAAUGUCCCGAACUGUCAGGGUCACAGGUUGAAUAGGUCAAACUGCUAUUCUUUUUUAAAGGUGUGGAUAUAGAGGGAGGAAGUGAAUGUUUUUUUUGUGGUGAAAGCGUAAUCAUUUGCUACUGCUCCAUUCAUAGAAAUGUAUUGAUGCGUACAUGUACUUGGGUUAGUGCUGGUUGGAUUGUUAGUUUUCAGUAAGAGUGAAGUGUGUUGCUGCAUGCUCAUAUGGGGAUAUGGUUGAUUGAUGAUUUUAGUUUAGGAGUUACCAUAGUAACUACUCAUGAGCCAUUUGUUAGGACCAUUUUAGCCUUUGUAACUAACCAUGUAUAUAAGAAAUAUAUCUGCUUGGUUAGGGGACACCCCCUUUGCCUCGACUGAGGGAAGUGGACGAAAUUGACGAUGUUUCCAUUGUAAUGCAACGUACCCAUGCAAAUAAUGUUCUGUACAGCCACCUUGUGCUUCUAAAGCACCAAAGACCAGCCAACAAAAAAAACUCUGUUCCAUCUUCUAGUUUCAAUGUUUGUUUUUUUGUCACGCUAGUUUGGAGUGUUUUAGGGGCUGUUUUGUGAGCUUCAAGCUCACGGAAGAGAUAUUGAACUUUUCUACAGACUGUAGGGCUGUUUCAAACGUUCGGUAAGCUUUUGCCUUGCAUUACAAGCUGAGGCUCUCUCAAGACAAGUAAGCCCAUCCAGCCUGGUCAGUGCCACCAUGCUGCUGCUUGACGUUAGAGGGCCAAAGACGUGUUUGUUGAUGGGCGURGGAUCUCACUCCCAAGGAUUAUCGGCCAAUCAGGACCCGUCUGUUUUUAACAGCUUUUUGAGAUYCUACUUUUUUUUAAAMAUGAUAACGAAACCCCAAAAGGUCAAAGUGAAUCGUCUAAUGUCUAACUGGAAUAACGUGAAGUGCUUUGCUCACUGAYGAAAGGAUCCGCUCAGAACGAGGGCUGUUCAGAAUGAACUAAUUUAUUAAGUUUUAGUGAUUGAAUGGAAUAAUGAAUAACUGUAAAUGUCUGUAAGGGUGUCACCCAUGUCAGGUCUGAGGAUGUGUAGUUGUACGUGACUUAUUUUCUUCUGUACUAAUUUUAACCUUGAAGCAUGUCUAGAGAUAGACUAGGAUGGMUUCCUACUUUCGGGCUCUUUAUCAAAGGAAACUCAUAAUGUCCACAAUGCGUAACAUAAUAUCAACACAAUGUGUAACGUGCUCAACGGUUCACCAAGCUGUAGAGGUUCCAGUCCUGAAUWGGUCUUUGUUCCCUCUCACAGUCCUGUCGUGUUCAAUGUUAGUUUUUCCUCAGCAGAGUUGGAACAGCGCUUUAGAAGUGUCUCACUGUGUUGUUUUAAACCAGAGACCGAUUUCUUCAGUUACCUUUCAGUUUCAUCAGCUGACCUCAACAUGGGGUCACUGCCACGACUGAAAUGUGUCUGCUAUGUAACCUGCUUUGCUCUACUUAUGUCAACCUUCACUUCUACUUCUCAUUUAGAUAUGAGGGCUAUUUCUGUCUUGUUUGUCUGUGUCARCAACCAUAUCCUGAUUUCUCCAUUUCUCAUCUAGCCUCCCUUCCUAUAAGACAACGAUAAUGUUGCAUAUCUUUAUUUCCCUUGAAAUUCAUAAUGUUUAAAGAAAGAACUUUGAAUUAAUAUAAAAUAGCGCCUUUACAAUUUUUCAAACCAUUAAACUUGAAUUAUGAGAAUUAAAA